CCGCGCGCCGCUCUAUUAAUGCUCGCCUCCUCACUCUCCGAUCCACUCCAUCCCUCGCGCCCCUCCCUCCCCUGCCUCUCGAUCUCUCUGCUCUCUCGCAGUGGCCGAUCGCGAUCCGACCCAAGAAAGCAGCCGGCGACAGAAGCGCGAGGUGAUCGAUGGCGUGCGGCGGCGGACGCGCGGCACACAAGGCGUUCCUGCUGUGCAACUACACGCUGCUGGGCGCCGCGUCGGCGUGCAUCUUCCUCACGCUCUCGCUCCGUCUCGCGCCGUCCCCGUGCGGCCUGCUCCUCCUCUUCCUCCACGCGCUCACCGCCGUCUUCGGCGCCGCGGGGUGCUCGGGCUCCUUCACGGACGGCGGCGCGGGCGCCGGCCGCGCGCACGCCGCGCACACCGCGGGGGCCGUCCUCACCGCCAUCUUCCAGGGCGCCGCCGCACUGCUCGCCUUCACCCGCACCGCCGACUUCCUCGCCGAGCUGCGCUCCUACGUCCGGGAGGAGGACGGUGAGAUCAUCCUCAAGCUCGUCGGCGGGCUUGGCACCGCCAUCUUCGUCCUCGAGUGGGCCGCGCUCGCGCUUGCCUUUGCGCUCCGGCUCGACGACGAUGGCGCCGAGGAAGCCGAUCAGGUUACCAAACUUACCAUGUCCGAUUCUGCUCCGAUCCAGCAUUGCAGAGCCUGAAGACUGGGGAGAUACUAAAGCAGAAAUCAUGAACGAGAGUUUUUUUUUUGUUUAUUUGCGGAUUGGGGAUCGUUCCAACUGUUUGUUACAGAUCAUGUAACAAAGCGCAAAGGCAAAUGUAUUGCUUUGCUCUGUAUUCGUUUCAUUCAUCUGAUAUGAUAUAAAUUGGAAGGAACAUUUUUGAUUCAA